AUGCCUCCCACUCGAUACAACCUGCGCCCACGGAUAAGAAAAUGGCCAUAUAAUAUCUACAGACGGUUUGACCCUCGACCAAGGCCCGCCACACCGGAUAACGAUCGAGAUGAAAUAUUCUCUCGAGUCAUCUCCAAAGCACCGAAACGAGACACGCCACUGCUUUACCAGGAGCCGGAGAAAUGGACACGAGAGCAUCUACGCAUCGCGAAUGUCGAGCAUGAAGUCGAUGUACCGAUUGAAAGGAUUAUAGACCCACGGUAUAUCCCGCCGGAUGAUAGUAAAAAAUUUCGAAAGAUGGAAAAGUACUUGCGAAAUCCUCCCUGGCUCGACCCAGGAGCCGACAGGCCCGAUAGAUCAAAAGGCAUCGAUCCGACAAUCCCAUUCUUCAACUUCUUCACAGCCAUCCAGUAUGGCACGAACUGUGGAACGCUCGACUCUGGAGGUGUCCAUGAUACUAUUGAUCUGAUUGACGAUAUUGUGAAGGAGGUAUUUCGUGAUAGACGGAUACGCGUAAGACAGCACGACCACAUCCCGCUCACAGCGUUCGGUCUCUGGCGGAAGGAGCGGUACGGACAGAGAGUUGACGCGACUAUCUCGUGUGUCAGCUCCAAUAGGACGGAUGGGGUGCUGAGACUGGUAUCUGGGAUUCCGUUGGCUGUUAUCACGGCACCCCGCAAACGAGGCGAGCUCGGUAUGGCGCGGUACGAGAUCCCGCAACUACUCCUUCAGCUAAACAUGGUCUACAACUUCGACGCUACACGAGGAGAAUACGAUGCAUUCCUCGUCAGUUUUGACGAACCCUUUCGGUAUACAUUUAUCCGCGCGGUUGCAUCAGCGGACUAUAUCCGGUCUAUUCGAGGUAACGAGCCGGCAAAAGGCGCGUUGAAAGUCCUGCGGUCGAGACGAUAUGAUAUUGCGGGCAUGGAUUGGGUUGCGCGGAUGGAGUUUCUGAGAAAUAUGAUUGGGCUCUGCAGAUAUUUGGUCAGUAGGCCUGAGUAUAAGUUUCCGGUGCAUGAGAUUUAG